AUGCUUGCACCUAAUACAGAAGUACAAGAGAUGGUUAUAGGACUUGGCAAUGUUGGUGAAGAGGAAGUUCAAUCAGACUAUGGUAUUUCUGAUGAAUUGCAAUCCUGCUCUUCUACAGAUGAGGAAGAUAUAAGAAGAAGGCCUACAUAUGUAGAGUUCAAUGAUGAAACUGAUAUGAAAGACCCUCACUUCAGGAUUGGCAUGAAGUUUAGAAGUUUUAAGCAAUUUAGAGAGGCAGUAAGAAACUAUGGUAUUAAGAACAUAUGCGUGAUGAAGCUCAGGCCCAACAAUAGCAAAAGGUGCAAAGCCUUUUGCAAAAAAGGCUGUCCUUUCUACCUAUUGGAUUCACCAAUGGCUACAGAUCGAAAUACAAUCCAGAUUAAAUCAGGAUGUCUAAAACAUGAGUGCACUAAAGACCACAAAAACAGGCAUGUCAGUGCACAGUGGAUUGCUCACAACUACUUAGAACAAUUUAGAGCAAACCCUUCGUGGAAAGCUGCAGGGAUAAUUCAAGCUGUCAGGAGCAAUCAGUGUGUUGAUAUAAGCAGACUCACUGCAUGGAGGGCCAAAGCCAUUGCAACUAGGUUGUUAGAGGGUGAUGAGGAAGAUCAGAUGAAGAGGCUCUAUGAUUAUAGGCUUGAGUUGCUAGAAACCCACCCAGGAUCAACCAUUAUGUUCAGAUGCAUUAUAGGAAUGUUCCAAGCAAUGUAUGUAUGUCUAUCACCUCUUAGAGCUGGGUUUCUUGCAGGCUGUAGGCGCAUAAUUUCUUUAGAUGGAUGCUUCUUAAAGAGCUUCUAUGGAAGGCAAUUGCUUGCAGCUGUUGGGAUAGAUGCAAAUGAUUGCAUCUAUCCCAUAGCUUAG